UGGGGUUUUCCUUUUAUUUUUUUGGGGGGAGAAUUUUUAAAUUUUUUUUAUUUUUUUGGCCCCCCCCCCCCUUCCAUCCCUCCCUCCCCCCUGUGUGUGGCCGUAAGAGAACCCAGCACCGCACCGAAAGCCAGAAGAGAGGGAGCAGAACCCAACCCAGGCCGAAAGCUGCGUCCGAAACCAAAACCCACCCUUUUUAUUGCCAAGGGAGAUUUGGUUGUUUUUGUUUGUUUUUUUUUUUUGGGGGGGGGGAAUUUUAAUUUUUAUCGCUGUUUUUUUUUUAACCCUGCCCCACCGCAUAGGGGAGGAAGCGGAGUCGGGGCAAAGGGAGGCUUUCCUGGUUAUUUAUUUUCUCCCCCUCGCAGAGGUGUCUCCUCCGGCCGCCGGCUUCGACCAUGAUGUUUCGAGACCAGGUCGGCGUCUUGGCCGGGUGGUUCAAGGGCUGGAACGAGUGCGAGCAGACUGUUGCGCUGCUCUCCCUGCUCAAACGCCUCAGCCGGACCCAGGCUCGCUUCCUCCAGCUCUGCCUGGAGCAUUCCCUGGCAGACUGCACCGAGCUCCACAUCCUCGAAGGGGAAGCCAACAACCCUGGAAUCAUUAACCAAUGGCAACAGGAAUCCAAGGAUAAAGUGAUUUCCCUAUUGUUAACCCACCUGCCUUUACUGAAGCCCGGAAACAUUGAGGCAAAAGUCGAAUACAUGAAACUCUUGCCUAAAAUCCUGGCCCACUCGAUCGAACACAACCAACAUAUCGAGGAGAGCAGGCAGCUGCUGUCCUACGCCUUGAUACACCCUGCCACCUCCUUAGAGGACAGGAGCGCCCUGGCCAUGUGGCUCAACCACCUGGAGGACCGCACGUCGGGUGGCUUCGGCAACCAGGGCAGAGGUCGGUCGGAUUCGGUGGACUACGGGCAGACGCACUACUAUCACCAAAGACAAAACUCCGACGACAAACUCAACGGAUGGCAAAACUCUCGAGACUCGGGCAUAAGUGUCAGCGCUUCCAGCUGGCAGGACAAAAACCUGGCCUGCGAGAACGGCCAUCUGCCCCUCUACUCCUCCUCCUCCGUCCCCACAACCAUCAACACCAUCGGCACUAGCACAAGCACCAUUCUCUCAGGCCAGACACACCACAGCCCUUUGAAACGCUCUGUGUCCCUUACCCCACCCAUGAAUGUGCCAAACCAACCUCUAGGACAUGGAUGGAUGUCUCAUGAGGACUUACGAGCUAGAGGACCCCAGUGCAUCCCUUCCGAUCAUGCCCCCCUGUCUCCACAAAGCAGUGUAGCCUCUUCGGGAAGUGGUGGGAGUGAACAUUUAGAAGAUCAGCCUUCCGCUCGUAACACAUUCCAGGAGGAAGGGAGUGGGAUGAAAGAUGUCCCAGCCUGGCUGAAGAGCCUCCGGCUGCACAAGUACGCCGCCCUUUUCUCGCAGAUGACGUACGAGGAGAUGAUGGCCCUUACCGAAUGCCAACUCGAGGCACAAAACGUUACCAAAGGCGCAAGACACAAAAUAGUCAUCAGUAUCCAAAAGCUAAAAGAAAGACAAAACCUGCUCAAAUCUUUAGAAAGGGACAUCCUGGAAGGUGGCAACUUGCGUGUCCCGCUGCAGGAACUACACCAAAUGAUCCUCACCCCUAUCAAAGCCUACUCUUCCCAAAACUCCAGCACGGAGGAGCAUAGCCGGGAUGCAGACUCGCAUCACCCCUCCUCGCUGCUCGGCUCGGACAGCCAAGGCUCUGACUGCAAGGACUCUGCGGCAGGGGGGAUGCAGCAGCACCAUUUGCCAGGAUGCGAGGGCGAGUCGGGGGGGGCCCCUUUGCCUGAAGGUGACCUGCCCGGACAGUUCACCAGAGUGAUGGGCAAAGUAUGCACGCAACUUUUAGUUUCCCGACCCGAUGAAGAGAAUAUAAGUUCCUAUUUACAGCUCAUAGACAAAUGUCUGAUCCACGAGGCGUUUACAGAGAUUCAGAAGAAGCGGCUGCUGUCAUGGAAACAGCAGGUGCAGAAACUCUUUCGGUCUUUCCCUCGGAAAUCCCUCCUGGAGCUGUCAGGCUACCGGCAGCAGAGGAGCCGAGGCUUUGGCCAGUCGAACUCCUUACCGACAGCCGGAUCUGCAGGGGCGGGACUGGGCCGGCGAAACCCCCGCCAGUUCCAGAUCCCCUCCCGCAACCUCCCCACUGCCCGGCUGGGGCUGCUGGGCCCCAGUGGGCUGCUGGGCACGCCCCAGCGCAGCCCCGCCGCCAGCCCCGCCAUCCUCAAGCAAGGCAGACAGAACCUCUGGUUUGCCAACCCCGGGGGCAGCAACAGCAUGCCCAGCCGGAGCCACAGCUCGGUGCAGAGGACACGCUCGCUGCCCGUCCACACCUCCCCGCAGACCAUGCUGAUGUUUCAGCAGCCAGAGUUCCAGGUGCCGGUGACUGAACCUGACAUCAACAACAGGCUGGAGUCCCUGUGCCUGAGCAUGACGGAGCACGCGCUCAGCGAUGGCGUCGACCGAACCUCCACGAUCUAGAAGGCGUCGCGACGGGGACGCUGGCCGGGAGAACAACUGCUGCGGGUCCAGCGGCGAGGUCGGGGCUUGCAGGGAGCCCCAGCGAUAGCUUGCAUCCUUUCUCCUCCCUCUCCUCCUCUCCUCUCCUCUUUCUCUCUCUCUCUCUCUCCUGUUUUAAUUUUGUGAAUGUGUAGAUUGUCCUUGUGAACAUAUCAUUAGACUUGGAAUUUGUGUUGUCAUUUAUUACAUCCAUGCUAGGGGGUGGGGGCGGGGGUGGGGGACAUGAACAACAAAAACGGCAAAAAAAAACCUCAAUGGCGAUGAUGAAAAAGCAUGGGGAGGGUAAGGGGGGGAAACGCGGCAGGAGAGUGCUGACAACGGAGGGUUCACCACGGGCAAACCCUGUUUCUGGACGAGGAUACGAAUGAAUAUCGAAUAUCACGCAGGGGUGUGUGACCAAAAACCCUUUUGGGGAGGAUUUGCCUGUUGUGCCGGGGGCUUCGGGGCCAGUGGUCCCGUCCUUUGAGUUUCCCUGCAUUCAGGCACGGACUGGCCUGGAGAGCCCAGAUUUUUUUUUAAAACAAAACAAAACAAAACAAAGAAACAACAUAAAAUAACCCCAAAAUUUCCUUUUCAGUUUAGCCCAGAGCAUCCGCAGUUUCGAGGCAGCGUUGUGCACAGGGCGGCAGAGGCAGAGGGUCGGUGGGUGUGCCCCCCCACACUCCAUCCCUGUCCCCGUGCCCCCGGUGUGGGUCGGGGUGCGGGGACGUGGCGGGGGGAGCAUCUCGCCCGGCGGAGGGUUCUGGGGGAUGUUGUUGAAGGGGGGAGAUGCUGGGUGAGUGUCCAUGUCUCUUGCCUGCGCGGGUACCGGGGAGAUGCUGCAUCCUGGCUUUACACAUCUCCCCCACUUGCCAGCACCCAGCGAUGAGGGGCUUUUCCGGCCCCCGGGGCAGGGGGGGCAACGAGGGAUGAAGGAGGCCUGGGAGCACGCGUACGGUUUAAUUUAGCCAAACAAAACCCAAAGGACACCAAAAUGCAGAUCCACAAUCCCAUUUUUCUUGGCAUUAAUCGUGUGCUGGGGAGAGGACGUGGAGGGUGGUGGCUCGGCUGCCCCCUCGCCCGAUGUUGUGCUGCUUUUUUUUAUUAUUACGGGGAGAUAAAUUUGGUCCGAGGGCAUUAAAGAGGUAAAACCGACCCGGCGCUGCUCAAGCCUGGGCUCAAAGUAAGAGCGGGCCCAGGAAAGCCAUUGGCGCCCGUAGUGAUGCUCAGUGUAGCGAUGGCUUCGUUGCUCCGUCCUCUCUGGUGGAUGUGGUGAAGGACUAAUAAUAAUAAAUUUAAAUUAUUCCCCAAAUGGGCUCGGCCGUGAGCACCCAUGGGCAGCAGCAGCACGUGCUGGGACCGGCCAGAGCGGGGCUGGGGAUAAGGGGGGAACCGGAACAUCGGCUUCGGAGGGGGGAGAUGUGUGAAUCCAUUUGCCAUGCAGCAUUUUAAAGUUGUGGUUUUGUUUUUUAAAAAAACCACAAAUGGCAAAGUUUUUAUGUUUGCUGUUCCUUGGUGUUCUGCUCCCUGGCAGGCAUGAGACGGGGGGUGUGCGGGGCUUGGGGUGGAAGGGGGUGGGGGGUGGGGUGGGGGAGCACAGAAGGGAGAACCCGAAAGCGAGGGAGGUCAGGAGGUGGUGCGAGGACGAGGAGGUGAAGGCGAAGCAGGGGCCGGGGAGGGGGUGCUGAGGACCUGGGUCAUUCCCCGCCCCCCCAGCACCCCCAGGUUGUACAAAACCGAGGUGGGAACGCAACCGCUGGAGCAGAGGCCUUCCCCAGGGGAGGCUCAAAUGUAUUUAGGGAGCUGAAUUCUAUUUAUUCCUUCGCAGACUAUAGAAACAGAGGUUAUGUGAGCAUUAAGAGAGAUCAUUUUGGAUAUAUUACCUAUUAACUUGCUAUGGCUGGUAACCAUGAUAGUGUCUGUUAUUAACAACCACCAAAUAAUUCAAUUGUUUUUUUUUUCCUUUCGUUAAAAAAAAAAGGCAAAAAAAAAAAAGCUUAUUUUCCAUUGACAGUGUAUAGGUUAAUAACGCCUUAGUUGUGUUUGCUGUUUCUUGGGGGUUCUUUUAUUUUUUUUUUAUUUUUAAGUAAAAAAAAAACCAAACACACCAAGUGGCUUCAGUCGCGUUCGGGAAGUCCCGCCUGGCUCUGGGCUGCCUGUGCUGAGUGCAGGCAGUGGAGCUCCAGUGAAAAGAAGUAUGAAAAAUAAAUAAAAUAAUGAUGAUGAUGAUAAUAAUAAUAAUAAUAAUAAUAAUAAUAAAGCUCGAAUCCUAAAAGAAAAUUAAAAAAAAUUUAUAAAAAGAAAAAAAAGUAAAAAAAAUAAAACACCAAAACAACCCAGCAGUUGCACGAGUGAGGCUGUGAAGUCAAAUCUUUAGUAAUAAAGCGGCAGUGCCUUUCUUUUUUUUUUUGUAUUCGCCCAUUCACCCCCACCUGCAACUGUUCUGGACCGGGCGAGGGAGGCGUCUCGGCCGUGGGGGGCUCUGGGCCUGGGGUGGGCAAAUCCCCCCCCGCCCUCCUGCAGGCAGCCCCCGUAUCCCCCCCACAGCACCCGCCGGGGACCUUUUUACUGGUGCUGUUCCCCUGAGCCGUCCCCGGCUGCAGCUCAGCGCCCAAGUGUCCUUGGGGCCGAGGGAUGCUCCCCAUGGCUGCAACACCCCGUGAAUAAAAAUUAAAAAAAACCACAAACACAACAAAAAAACCAAAACUAAAACCAAAACAAAACUUUUUUUCGGGGUGUCCUUUUCCCACCUCCCCCUCUGGGGACAAGCCCUGAGCUCGACCGGACUUAAGCUGGGCUUUGCCUUGGUUUGCUCAGCUCAUCGAAAAGUUUUUGGGAGGUGUGUAUGUGGGGAGGUGGGGAGCGGGGGGUGUGUGGGAUGUUAAAGCCCGGCCAGCAUCCAGCAGGAAAAAUCCAAAACUGUGAUUUACGCCCGCCGGCAGUGCGGAGCGAAGCUCGAGUGUGGUCAGCACCGAAGGGAAACUCUUUUCUGUUGUCACCUUUCUCCAUGUCGGGGUGCAGCCGUGCCCCAGGGUUGGCUUUCUGAAUGUGCCUGAUGGAAAACUGGGGGGGGGGGGAGGGAAAGGUGGGAAGGGUCCUGCAGACGUCUAUAAUUUGCACACGGCAGCGAUAACACUAAAGUUGAUUUUAUACGAGUCAUCAGAGUUUGCAAAGUGAGUUUUAUUUUUUGUAUUCCUUUAUCUUUACUUAAAGGUGAAUGUGUAUUCCUCUGGGAGGAACAGGAAGAAAAAACAAAACACACACACAAAAAAAAAAAAAGGAAUGUUAAUAAUGUUAAACAGAAUACUUCCUCCCUUAUUAAUAUAUAUAUAUAUAACCCUUAUGUAUUUAUGCAUAUUGUAAGCUUACUUUAAAAAGCUUUGAACUCUCUUCUGUUGCAUGCCGUUCCCGGGCAGCCUUUUAUUGUACAUGCAUGCCUUCAGUCCUGUUUUUUCUGUACAAAGUUAGUGCACAAAAAGAACUAUUUUUGCCUAGUUAAUGUUGCCGAGCAAUGCAUAUUUUUUAAAAUUAUUAUUCUUUUUUUUUUUUUUUUUGGUCAUAUAUGGAAACAGCAUGUUUGUUACAUGUAAAAGCUUCCCGAUAUAAAGAAAUACUAAUGUUUGGAGAUGCCGGUCUUUGCAAGUGUACAGUUUUCAAAUGUUGUUCCCAGUGAAACACCCUCGUGAUUUCCACUUGCUCCAAUGUAUUUAUUACUCAUUUCCUCCUAUGUUACUAGGAAUCAUGGCUAUAUUUCAUAUCAACGUUAUAUUGAAAGUGAAGGGAGAUGAUUAAUACAAGGUUUUGUAACA